AUGUCGGUAAACCUCCACCAGCAGCUAGCGCAUCUACAGACCAAAAAUGACGACGGAGACACGCAACGGGACGCUGCGUUGGGGCUGAACUCCGUGUUGAAGGGCGUCGUGGAGCAGCAGCAGCUUGGCGUCGCCUCGGCGCAGAGUCUGGUGAGCCAGUGGCUGCAGAACCAGGAGCGAAAUCCCAUGGGGUUCUCUAUUCAUUUGGGCCGAGAGUGGGCGCAGAGGAGAGAGGUGCUGCUCAGCAUGAAGGACGAGAGGAUUGCUCGAGGGCUCCGAUACGUGACGGCGCACUGCCAGCAUCUGGACGCGCUCAGGCCCCACUUCUCCGAGGAGAGGUUCGAAGACGCAAGCGGGGACUUUUGCUGUGUGCGCAACGAAGUGAUCCCCUUUCCUGGGGUCCAGUCGAUGCGGAAGGUGUUUGAUGCCGUGAAGUUCACGCUGGAUACGCUGGAAAUCAACAUUUCGGAGCAAUUGGGCCACAUUACGGUUCGAGACGACUACGAUGCAAAUGGCGUGGCAUUCGGACACUACUUUGAGAGAUCCAGUGAGGACCCUUAUGCUGUGUUGACGAUCGACAGUGUGGACCAAGACGAUCUUCAUCCUUAUCACCCCCAUGAACAUGUCCGCAAGAAGGUGACGGGGGACAACAAUUCUGACGUGACUGUUGUUAUGCUGCGCUCUUUCUUCGUGAAGACUUGUCGCCCCGACUUCGAGGUGUCCGAGCAGGCAACCCAAGAAUUACAAGACACUGUCACAGGUUGGGGUGACGACGUUUUCCGAGCUGUCCGAAAGAUUGUCUACGCGUAG